AUGGGCCUUUUCUUGACCCUUUCGGCCUCCCCGGAACUGGGGAAGCCUCGACGGAGCUGCUGCACUCUUCCGGGCUAUGAUUUCAAUUAUGGGUUAUAUCUGCACAGGACUGAUGGAGGGGUACCUGAAGCCAUUGGCCACUGGAAUUCGAUAAAGCCCAGAGCCCCUUCGGCGAAGGAGCAGGUCCACGAUUACAAGGCCAUGAACCGCAAAGCCAUCAAAGACGGUUAUAUCACCGCACAUGAGCAGAACCUGUACCGCAAGGUCAAGGACAUCACCUUGACCAUCAACGACGAGCGACGCUUUAAGAAGACACCCCCAAAAGUCCCUGCGGACAUGACCUACGGAAGACCAGCACGGCCCUCCACCCCCUUCUUCGACCUUCUCCAGCACAAAUACAAAGAGAUAUGGAUGGAGGAGCAAAGAGCCAACAUUCGAGCCCAGAAGGAGGAGAAGAAGCAAAAGAAACGCAGAGGGAAAGUGUACGAGACGUACACGAGUCUGCUCCGGAAGUUCCAGCCCCCGAUGAAGAUAGAGCCUCUUUGGUGCAUCCCCCACUUUCAGAAGGUCAGUCCCCAUCUUUGCACCUUCCCGGACCAGGAUGCACGGAAGAGGGCUCUGGAAGUCUUCCGCUCAGAAAUCCCCGUCCGGUGUGGCCCCCUGGCAAUGGGGAUUUAUACCGCUGCCUAA